GAACUCCAUGUCAGGUCUGCGUGUGGGGCGAGGAGGAGGAGAGAACAGACGCUCUGUCUUCUACACUGGGAACAGUGCUGAUGAGUGGGAGAUGUUGGACGCUCCCACAACCAAGGACAUCAACCAGGACCACAAACCUCCCAUCCAGCCUCAGACUGACACACACAGACAUUCCAUUGGUUCUCCGUUCACAUUUGACUUCGGGCGGAGCAGCAGUUCGUCGUUGCGGCCCAAGCGGCCCACUCUGCGGGACAUAAUGGGUUCAGGGAGGUUAGGACGCAACGCAGAGAGCUCUUCCCCCUCCUCUCAGACCACGUCCCCAGUGGAGUGUAACGGCAGCAGGACCAAUGAGCUGCAGCUCCGACUCCAGGGCCAGGAACAGGAACUGACACGCCUCCACGAGGAGAACAACAACCUGACUGAAGAGUUAACCUCCCAGAAGGAGCUGGUCAGACUGCUUCAGCAGACAUUGAGGAGCACCCAGAGGGAGAUACGACCAGCCCCACCAGCUCCAGUAUUAACUCCAGUACCUGCCUCACCUCCAGCCUUAGGACCAGGAGCUGCCCAAGCCUCAGGACCAAGCCCAGGAUCAACCUCGGGGUCAGCCCCAGCCCCAGGGUUCCCACAGUUGGACAUAGCCCAGAUGGAAGCCCUCCUCCUGGAGAGGGAGGGCCAAGUCCAGGCCCUGUGUUGCCAGAUGGAGCGUCUAGCACUGGAGAAGGAGAGUCUACAGAGGGAGCUGAAAGGACUGAAGGUCAAG